CACUACUCUUUGGUGGUCAAUUGUCAUUCUUGUCAUCUUUCUUUUACAAGGAAACGGUGUCACUUUGUGAAGAUCACAAUGGGGCGCCGACCAGCAAGAUGCUAUCGGUACUGUAAAAACAAACCGUACCCAAAAUCACGGUUCUGUCGUGGUGUACCCGACCCAAAGAUUCGUAUUUUCGACUUGGGCAAAAAGAGAGCUGCGGUCGAUGACUUCCCUCUGUGCGUGCACUUGGUGUCCGACGAGUAUGAACAGCUAAGUUCGGAGGCGCUCGAAGCUGGUCGCAUUUGCUGCAACAAGUACCUUGUCAAGAACUGCGGCAAGGAUCAGUUCCACAUUCGUAUGAGGCUGCAUCCAUUCCAUGUUAUCCGCAUCAAUAAAAUGUUAUCGUGCGCUGGAGCUGAUAGGCUCCAGACUGGGAUGCGUGGUGCUUUCGGAAAGCCGCAAGGUACAGUAGCGCGUGUGCGCAUUGGACAGCCCAUCAUGUCGGUGCGCUCUAGUGACCGCUGGAAGGCGCAGGUCAUCGAGGCUCUGCGUCGUGCCAAGUUCAAGUUCCCUGGUCGCCAGAAGAUCUAUGUGUCGAAGAAAUGGGGCUUCACAAAGUACGAGCGUGAGGAGUUCGAGCAGCUGCGCGAUGAUGGCCGCCUCGCCAAUGACGGCUGCAACGUGAAGUACCGCCCCGAGCACGGCCCGCUCGACUCGUGGCGCAAGGUCCAGAAUGAAAUAUACGCCGUGUAAAUGUUUUACAACAAUAAAACCUUAUUUCUAACAA